AUGAGUGGCCCGAACGGUAUGUUAUACGGGGGUGACGAAAUUGGUGCCCUAGUGUUCGAUCCUGGGCAUCAUUCCUUGCGCGUUGGUUAUGCUCAAGAAGACACUCCCAAGGCAGAUAUUCCUGCUGUGGUGGGCGUUGGACCAGCUACACACAUCCCAGAUCCUGAAGAGAAGGUUCCAGAUGGCAAUAUCACCCAAAGCGCUGCCAAAACUGGCAAUGAGCUCCGACACUACAUCGAUGUCACCGAACUCCAUGUGCCACGCCCGGGCAUGGAAGUGCAAACGUACAUGAAGGACGGACAGGUUGAUAACUGGGACUUAUUUGAGAAGAUGCUCGAUUAUUGUUAUGCUAAGGUAAUCCGUUCCCCAUCGGAACACCACCCAGCUUUAUUUACCGAAGCAGUCUGGACGCAGCGCCCCGCACGAGAGAAACUCGCAGAAUUACUCUUCGAGAAAUACCAGGCACCGGCUUUUUUCCUUGUCAAAAGUGCAGUGUUAGCUGCGUUUGCCAACGGCAAGAGUACAGCUUUGGUCGUUGAUGCUGGUGCUAGUCAGACUUCUGCGGUUCCUGUUGUUGAUGGGUACGCUUUGACAAACGCGGCGUUUCGCUCCGCAAUUGGUGGUGACCAUUUAGCAGCUCAAGCGAAGCAUAUGCUCACCAACAUGCAUAUACAGAUGUUACCCGUUUAUAGUAUAGCUAGCAAAGAAGUAAUCCGCGAACGCGAGCGAGCUCGUUACACUCUCAAGACGUUGCCAGCUGGCCUCACGGCGAGCUGGCAACAGUACAUGCUCAAGCGGCAAUACGAGGACUUUUGCCACUGCAUUGCACAGCUGUCAUCUAACAUGAGCGAGAUGGAACUACAUGAUAAAUCUUAUGAAAGAAACAAACAGACGUACUACCCUCUGCCUGUGUCGUGUCCGUGGUCGGCAGUGUGCGCCGCGGCGUCCGCCUGCGACGCCGACGCGCGGCCGGCGCUGUGGGGCUCGGUGGUGGUCUGCGGCGGCGUGGCCAACUCGGCGGGCUGGGCCGAGCGCCUGGCCAAGGAGCUGGCUGCGCGGGCGCCGUCCAGCCACCGCCUCAAGAGCCACGCCGCGCCCGCGCCCAACGAGCGCCGCUUCGCCGCCUGGAUCGGUGGCUCGAUCUUAGCUUCCAUUGGGUCGUUCCAGCAAAUGUGGAUAUCAUCACAGGAGUACGACGAGGGCGGCAAAGGACAACUUGAACGCAAAUGCCCUUAACUGUAAUGUUGUAACUUUAGUCUUAUAGGAAAUAUUUGUAAUUUUAAUUGUAAGAGCGCGUUGUAAUUACCAGUAAAGUGGUCGACAUACAAGGUUAUUUCUAAACUACUGACGUCUUAAACAACAAUUUUUGUUCCAUAACUUUUUACAAAACAUAAUGCAUUGAACAAAAAUAAACUUUUAAGUUUUUGUUGUACUAUCCGACACUUUUUAGGAGUAAGUUUAAAUGUGCAAACGUCCUUCCCAACGACUCCCACCCCCGCCUCUGCGUUUUGCAUCGGACUGGUAUUUACGCUAGCGCUUUCUUUUGUUACCGCACAUAGUGAUCUCCGUUUAGAACAUAGUUUCCCAAAGUGAUCGACCACUUUGGGAAACUACCCCAAUGAGCGCUGAAGAGUCUUAGGGGGGCGGUAGGGGUCCUCGGAAGCAAUUGGGGGCGUUGAUGCUGUCCAGGGGGUGCUAACGCAUUUG